AAAACAAAAACAACACGGAACGGGCUCCCAGCUGCGCAGCUCUGCGCAGAGCACAGUGCGAGCUUGGCGAGAGAACCCCACGACGCAGCAAAGUACGACGUAGAAGCGCGUUAGGGCCGUGGCGUGCAGGGGAAAGGGACUGCGAAAGGCACACGGGGCCCGAGACACGUCCAGCAGCACGCCUCACGGUCCAGUCUGUCUGCUCGAGUGAGGGGAGAGGGUGACGCCGCGAACAUGAUGGAGGACGAGGUUGCGAACGGCAGCGACUGCGAGCAGCUCGCCGAGGAGGGUGGCGACCAAAAUGGCGAGGCCGCCGCAAGCCCCGGCAGGAAGGGCGUCAACGGCGAGGCGGUGGCGGCCGCGGGCGGCGCCCAGGCGCUGGCGGACCGCAUCAAGAUCAAAGGCAAGAGGAACGUGCGGUCCCUGACCAAGGAGGCGCCGGGGGGCCCGGGCGGCGUCGUGCACCCCGUCAGGAAGUGGAAGAACAGCAGGCGCUCCCGGAGCGGCUUCAGCCGCGGGGUGCCCAAGAAAGGAGGUGCUGGUGGGAAAGGAGUGUGGGGUCAGUUGGGUUCAGAACUUCAAGAAGUUGAUGAAGAUAUGAAUGAUCCAAACUAUGACAGUGACUCUCUUGAUAAUGGUGAUAUUGAAUUGAAGAGUGUCAUUCCUCAAGUAUCCGAAGAACAACUUCAGAAACUAGUUGAGCCCAUUAUACUGGAAUAUUUUGAAAAUGGUGAUGCUUAUGAGGCUUGUCUUGCCCUUGAUGAAAUCAACAGUGGGUCCAAGCGGUUCAUGAUUGUACAGUUUGCUAUAGAAAUGGCUAUGGACCACAAACCCUCUCACCGAGAAAUGACUUCUGUCUUGAUCUCAGACCUUUAUGGUCGUAUUCUGUCUCAGAGAGACAUUGGCAAAGCCUUUGAUGCUUUGAUUAAGAAUUUACCUGAUCUCAUCCUUGAUACACCAGAAGCACAUAUUGUUCUGGGCAAUUUCCUUGCUCGGGCAAUUGCUGAUGACUGUAUACCCCCUAAGUUCAUCGAAACUUUGAAAGAAAAGGCUGAAACUGAUAAUGCUAAACAAGCGCUGUCACGGGCGGAAACCCUUCUGUCCAUCAAGCAUGGUCUGGUGCGCUUGGACAAUGUGUGGGGUGUGGGUGGUGGCCUACGCCCUGUUAAGUACCUGAUACGAAAGAUGAUUCUGCUGCUGCAGGAAUAUCUGUCUUCUGGAGACCUUCAAGAAGCAACUCGUUGCUUGCAAGACCUUGAAGUCCCUCACUUUCAUCAUGAGUUGGUGUAUGAGGCUGUAGUGAUGGUACUGGAAGCCAUAAACCAUCACACUGAUGAGGCCAUGUGUAAAUUGCUUAAGUCUCUUUCCAAUGCAAUCAUUAUUACUGAGGACAUGAUGGAGAGAGGCUUCUUGCGGGUGUAUGAAGAUAUGCCAGAUAUUUGUCUUGAUGUGCCACUUGCUUAUACUGUGUUGGAGCGUUUUGUUGAACGUUGUCACAAGGCUGGAUUCCUCAGUGAUGAUCUUUUGAAAAAGAUGCCAACUCGAGGCCGCAAACGUUUUGUGUCUGAAGGCGAUGGUGGACGGGUCAAGGACCACAACUUCCAUUAAAAUAUUGCUGCACAAACCUCUGGUCAAUGCUAUCAGAAAUUAUUCACCAGUGACAUGUUCUUCUUUCUAGUAUUGUUGAUGUCUUCUUUGUUAAGUUUCGACUCUUACCAACAUCCUGUACUUCCUAUAGUCAUAGCCUAUAUAGAAGAAACAGUAAAAAUUUUUAUUUCUAUUUUUUGGGGAAAGUUAAUAAGGUUUAAAACAAAGUAUUUGCAUUUAGCAUGUAUUUCUGAAUAUUUUAUGUCUAUCAGCACUAUAUGCCCAUAUUUGUUUUGGGUACUAUGUCUUGUUUCUCUCUUUUUCUCUUAACAAAAUGUUAAAAGUGAUUUUUCAUUACCUGUAUUGAUGUGAUUGGCCUUGCAAAGUUGCCAUACUAGUAAUGUCUUAUAGGAUUUGGGUUGUUAGGAGCAGGGUAUUUCAUCUGCAUUCUUUGCUUUGAUAUGUCAAGUGCUAAAAAUGCGGUAGUUGUGAUUUUCAAGUCAUUUAGUCCAACUUUUUGAACUAAGUCUUUUUUUCUUAUCAUUUUGAGGUAUCUCAAUUUUAUUAGUGCUCAUUUUCUGCCUGUGCUAAUCCAAAACCUUUCACUUUUAAUUUAUAAUGGAUUGACUUGGAUUGUUGUUAACAUCAAUGCUUGUGCACUUUUUGUGCCUGUGUUUGGAGAAUUUGUGUUGUACUAAUCAGCAGAUGAUAAGAAGGAAAAUAAAGUACAAAACUAAAAAUA